AUGUCAAGUCAACAACGCUCAGAGGAAGCAUCCACCACACCCCCUCCUAUCCCCGCACCAGCCAUCACAAAGCGCCAACAUGCUCUGCUGGAACUUCUGACCUCUGAACGUGCCUAUGCAAGUGAUUUGGCACUUAUCAGGGAUGUGUAUAUGAGGUUGGCGUCUGGUGACUCAAGUUCCGAAUCCACUAAAUCAAGCUCAGGUACAUGCUCAUCCUUGUCUUCACGCACAGUCAGCACCAUCUCCACGUCUGACGUAUCCGUCUCGGUGGGCGAGCCCCCACUCUCUGUCGCUGAUACACGUAUCAUUUUCCGCAACAUUUCUGAACUCGCUGUUCUUUCUAACAUGCUCGUGUCAAAGCUCGAGAUAGCAAUCGAAGAAGGAGGCAAGGGCGUAGGCGAAAUCUUCCUGGAGGUGGUACCCCUCUUUGCGCCCCCAUACAUGACUUACAUCACCGCACACCCUCGCGCCCUCGCACACCUUGACGCCCUCAGUACACCACCACAGCUCACGCCUCAAUUCUCGCGGUGGCUCAAGGAAAGCAAAGAACUUGUCGAGGCGCACACGCAUGCUUGGGACCUACCGAGUUUGUUAAUCAAGCCGGUUCAGAGAUUGCUGAAGUACGGUUUGCUGCUCGGCGCCGUGAUCAGUGCUACUCCAGAGCCGCUCGGAACUGAAGGGCUCGAUAAAUUGAGAGAGGCGAAACGGAAGGUGGAAGAAGUAGCUCGCGCUGUGAAUGAGGGACGAAGGCGGGUAGAAGUCGUCAGAGAGGUUCUCGGGUCCGGACAUGCUAAAGACGGCCCUGGAGCAGGUAGUGCAGGAUCCAUCGGCAUCCCCAAGGUUGGUGUUGUAAACGCCUCCGUCUCGCGCAUGCGUUCUCUGCGCACACCGUCUACUAAGUCAUCCUUGAAACAAAAGGGCUCCAUCCACGUUUCAGAAAUAGAACCCGACUUCGAAAAUACCGAAGCUGCCCUCCUUGUAUCCCUCGAAAGUAGGCUCAAGUCGCAUAUCACUACCCUCUCCCAUCUCGCUCGGGACGCAUUUAACUAUGCCCGCACUCUCCAUACACUGUUUGGGGCGCUUGUUAAAUGGGGAUGGGCAUUUUCAGGCGUCAUUGGCGUCACCGUCAGCUCUGAACUAUCCCAGAACAAUUCCACCUUCGACGCAUUCCUCUCACUCUGUACCGGACUAGUCGAACUCGUACAAGAACUCGAGCACGAACUACACGCACGCAUCCUCCCCUCUCUCCAAUCCCUCAAAGGCACAUCGAUUGCGCCACUCAAGCUUCUUAGUGCACUACACACUCUGCAGCCGCUGCAUAUGCACCUUCUGCACCUCCCAAUUACACGCAAGAACCGCCCGCCAGAGGCACUGCUACAGGCAAGCCAGAGCUACGUUGCGUUGCGGGGGCAACUUGCGCUGGAGUUGCCCGUGUAUGUAAAGCUGCUGGAGCGUGGGAUUGAUGGAGUGGUGCUAGACUUAGCCAAGGCUAUGGAAGCAUUUUGGAGAGUCGUAAUGGAGCGGUGGGGAGAGUUGUGGGAUGCGCUGCAGGUGGAGGGGGAGCAUGCGGACCGACCAGCGGGUGGAGGCGAGACAGUUCGUGUCUGGCGUGAGCGAUGGGGUGAUGUAUUGGGCGUGCUUGGGUCAUUAGCGAUUGUCAAUCCGCCUAAAAAGAUGGAGCGGCUACGUCCUCCUCGCAGUUCUCAGAAUUCCUAUGACCACCGCAGCUCACAAUCAUCUUCCUCGUUUAAUCCGGCGUCGCGCGCAUCACACUCGCACCCCAACUCUCAUGAUAUCACUGGUCGACGGCGCAGUGGGAGUACAAACAAUAUCCCUACUGGUCCUAUCAUCCGCAAACCCUCCGAUGAGUCACUGCGUUCUGGUAAAUCUGGGAAGUCGGGAAAGUCAUACAAGAAUAUUCCUAGUCCUGGUGCGAGUAUUGGGAGGGGGAUCGAGGAUGUACCACCUAUGCCUUCUGCCCCACAGCUGCCAUCACAGUCUAGUGUCUCCCCACCGCGCCUCAAGCCCACACGAAUGAAGAGUCUGCCCGGGCCGAUACUCAGCAAUAUACCCUUUGGACUUGAUCCCCCACCAAGCCCGUCAUCAUUUGCCACGUUCGACGAGGAGCAGGAAGACAACGACAGAGACCGGGGGCGUGGCCAACAGAGACGACCGAGCCUAAAGAGUAAGAUCACAGAUACAUUCCGUCCGUCACACCACAGGACACGAUCGAGUUCCGUCAAGAGCCUCGGGGCUCCGAGCUCACUUGCACCAAGUUAUUAUACCAUAGAUAAUGCGCUGCCUGCAUACCAAAUGCCGCCUACCCCAACUCGAACUCAAUCACCGCAUACCCCUACUCGACGCACCACGGACUUGCAAGGGCUACGCGCGCUCUACCAAUGCGCUGCAAUACACAUGUGUAUUCCACCUGCCGGCGUAUCGUAUCGGGGUUUACCGUUCUUUGAGUUGCGAUCUGGAGAUACGUUUGAUGUGCUCAGGGAGUAUGGGCACCCCAGCACGCAUCCAGAUUUACCUUUAUAUGUGGAUGACGGGGAGGAUUGUUUGUUACUGGUUCGGGAGCUUAAUGACGCGGAGGGAGGAUGCAGAGACGUGAAAGUCAGGGGAGAAGUGGGCUGGGCGCUGGCGAGUUUUUUGGUGCCUCUGGAUUGA